ACUCAUUGGGGCGUGGAGAUUUUAGAACAUUCACUGGUAAUCAGUGAUCGACAAAUGUGAAGACUUAUUUACACUGUGGGGUUGGCGAGGUUUCCAAACAGGUAUGUGUACACGGGAGAAUGAUUAUUACUACAAUGACUGGUGUUAGACGGGUGUAUUGAAUAGGUAGAGAACACACAUGUGUCUAUCGUAGCGGGAGUUGUACUAGGGUGUGUCCAUGUCGGAAAGUUCGGGACAGGUCUUGGGGAAACUAUAGACAGGUGCUCUGUGUGUCCGGACCUAGUGUAACGUAACGUAUCAAGGUCGGCUUGGACACGGAACCAACAUGUCGCAGGCGAUACAGAAAUGGUGUGUGUUGUGUAUACUGCUGGUGAUCCUGGCUCUGGCAGUGGUGGGGUUUGGUACCCCCGGCUGGUACCGUCUCCGGGUAGCUAGUGUCACUCCCUACGAGUACACUGCUGGAUUUUUCGAAGCCUGCACAUCGUCCCAAUGUACAGCGUACCUGACCUAUACGAGUCUAAACGCCUACGAUAGCAAUUUUAUUGGAUGUAUGAUAUUUAAUAUCCUGGGCAUUGUGUUCCUUUUGGCCGCCAUAGUGACAUGUGUAUUCACCCUCUGGGAUCCAACAGACGUCUGCGGCUGCGUGGCUUGCUUUACAGACAAGCGAAAGUUCCUCCAUGUCACAUGGUUAACUCUGAUGGCAGGCCUGUUUUUGCUGAUAUGCGUGAUCUGGUUUGGCGUGGCUGUUAUACAGAAUAUGAAAGGAUUGGGACAGAUUGCAGUGGGCGGUGCCAUCGUAGCCGAAUACUCCCUCGCACUGGUAGCCAUUGCCUGUGUGCUAGCAAUAUUUUUUGCACUAAUUAUGUCCAUUUUGCUGGUAAGGAAUUUCUUCAUCGGUACCAGAGAUAGCGUGGUGAAAAGACGUGUAGAGGAAAUCGAGUACAUCGACGACCGGAUGACCAUCCAAUCCGAGUUUUCCAAGCGAGAGCCUCUUGCACUGCCCGAACCCAUCUAUACCGUUGCCAGACCGGAACCGAUGAGGAUGAUUCAAGCGCCACCACAAGUUGUAGAAGUGCCGGUGCCACAACCGGUGAUGGUUCCACAGCCGGUAAUGAUGCCACCACAAGUAAGGUACGUCGAGGUUCCGAAGCCUGUCAUACAGCGCCAGGUGAUCAAGGAGUAUGUCGACCGGCCUGUACCCGUACCAGUCCCACAACCCCAGCCAAUCGUCGUACAGCAACAGGCUCCCAUGAUGGUGGCUAGACGGCCCAUCCCCAUCCGUCUUCCUUCUCUUCCACCUCCCCCAGUGGUUGUCUCAGACCCGGUCUACGUCCGCUCACCUCGCCCGUACAUCGUCACAGAACCGAGAACUUCCAGGAGGAGCAAGCGUGUGGUUGGUGGAGCAUACAUGGCGGGCCAACCCAUGGGGGGUACAUUCAUGACCCCUGGACCAGCAAUGGCCAUGCCUUUCGGGUACAACUCCGAGCCAUUCGGUGAAAUGGGAGACCCGAUGUACGACAGCCCGGACACGCGUCCCUAUGUACCGUAAUAUACCCAGUAUAUAUGUUUAGUAUACUUGUACACUGAGGAAUACUAAGGUAAAAAGUGUGCAUAUUUAGUUUGUCUUGUAAACCAAAUAACGCAAAAUAAAUCAAAAUACCUUAAAUAAAUACCUUAGAACGUUAAAUAAAAAUCUUAGAUUGAAAAUGUAGAUUCUGAAAUAGAGCUAAUAUUAUUGAAAUUGUAGAUUCUGAAAUAGAGGUAAUAUUGAAAAAUGGAUGUUUAAAUACUUAAAUAUGUACACAUGUAUCGUGAAAAAUGGAAUGGUUGUUUAAAUGCAUAUGUCUACAUGUAUCGUAAUAAGAAAGAAAACGUGCGUAAGACAAUGAAGGGCUCAAGUGCUUAUAUAUUUACGUCAGUCCCUUGUUUAGUAGCUAGAACACGUGAUCUGGCAUUUACCUUUAUAAUAAAGUUAUCUUGGUGAUUUUGUCAACAAUUGUUAGGAUGACACUAAUUUAGAUACAAAUUUAUAGUUAGAUGUAUCUUGUAUAUUUCAUUUACAAUUUGAUAUUAUAUGAUGGCGAGGAAUCAAAUACUGUAUUCUUAGUUUAUACGGGGCGCCUCCGUUAGAGAUACAUUUACUGUAUAGGUUCAUGCGGGGCGCCUCAAAAAGAUACAGUUACCGUAUUCAUACAGGGCGCCUCCGAUAGAUACAGUUACUGUAUUCUUAGUUCAAACUGGGCGCCUCCGAUAGAUACAGUUACUGUAUUCUAAGUUCAUACUGGGCGCCUCCGAUAGAUACAGUUACUGUAUUCUAAAUUCACGCGGGGCGCUUCCGAUAGAUACAGUUAUUCUUGGUUCACAUGAGGCGCCCGUUAGAAAUACUGUAUUCACGGACGGUUGCUUUUGUUAUUGUUGAAAUAUCUUAUGUUUACCUUGCAAUGUAUGCAUAAUCGUGAAAAGCAUAAUAUUUUUUGUGUUUAUUUUUUUCUCGUGUAUUCAAACUAUAGAAACCUCAUUUACAUCAUUUAUCUAUUUUUAUACAUGUUACUUGUAUAUAUAUAGUAAACUACGAUGCUAUUAUUAGUAAAACUAAAAAAACGAGA